UGCAAUGUCCCAACAAGCCGUCCAACAAUCAAUAGAGGAUGUCUGGUACUUGAAGACGAUCGAAUUCGGCGACGGAGAAAGUCGCCAACGGCGCAAGAUCAUCACUCAGAACUUCAAUGGACCGUGCUCAUUCAUAGCUAUCUGCAAUAUCCUGAUACUGCGAGGGGACAUCGAAAUACAACCACCAGAACGCACCUCGGUUUCUUACGAGUUCAUGUCGCAACUUGUCGGAGAAUACCUACUAUUGCACUGUCCUGACGUGGACAUCUCUGCUGCGCUAUCCAUCAUGCCACGGACUACUAAGGGGAUGGACCUGAACCCGUUAUUUACCUCGCACACCUCCUUCCGCCCUGCCGGCUCGGACACUUCUGGCGGUGAACUUCAGCUAUUCGAUCAGGCCGGCAUCAAACUCGUUCAUGGAUGGCUCGUCGACCCCGACAGUCCAGAACACCCAGCGGUGGCAAAGACCGAGGACUACGACACUUCUGUGAACCUGGUAGUGGAAGCUGACCACCUCACCAAGGGUCGUCUGGUGACUACAGAAGCCGACUACCUCAGCGAAGCAGGCCCCAGUUCUUCUUCCGCGGGCGCCGGUUCGUCGGCAGGUCCGAGUAGUCCGGGAUACCAGCUUUCGGAACACGAUGACCAGAAAGUCAGAGAUGCUAUCGCGGUUCGAGGCUUCCUCGACAAGACUUCCUCCCAGCUUACAUACUAUGGGCUAUUCACUCUCGCGUCCUCGCUUCGACCUGGCUCUCUCGUGGCGCUCUUCCGGAACUCGCACCUCUCCGUUCUAUACAAGUCUCCGUCGCCAGAAGAUGCUGCUCUGUACACUCUCGUUACCGAUUACGCCUUUCUGCACGAACCGACCGUCGUGUGGGAGAGGCUCGAAGAUGUCGAAGGGCACUCCGCGACCUUCGUCGACUCGGACUUCAGGAGAAGUAGCCCGGCCGGUGGCGACUUUGCGGGAGAGACUGGCGAGAGCACACUUGCGGCGCUCGAGAGGAGCAUGGCAGACUUGAACGUGGAUCCCGCUGAUCAGGCUCUCGCGGCGCAGUUGCAAGCAGAAGAAGAUGCUCGCGCGCAGGACAUGUACCGAAGACGCGAAGAGGCACGUGCGGAGCGACAACGGAAGGCUGACGAGGAGGCGGCAAAGCGGGAAGCCAAAGCGCUCAAGAAGAAGCCAUCAUGCAUCAUCAUGUGAAGACCGACGGCGCCUAUAUGGAUAUACCGCACCCGCUUUCAGCAUGACCAGCAAUCAUUGUUUCAUUCGCCCAAUAUAGAAUACCCCAUCUUACACGUAACCCGUCGUCUUAUCAGAGUUCUCUCAAUGGAAUGUUGGCCAUUCAGGGUGAGAACUCCUGUUCAAUCGGAGCACGAGGCGUCUGCUCAUAGGAGUGCUCACUGCCAGGGUUCCACAUUACGAACCCGGUUUGGAUUAAUUUUUUCACGCCAAUCUGCCGUAGAUAUUGAGACCAAGGACCAAAUACAGCUUAGAUUGUAACUUGAAUUUGUAGUCUAUACCGCGUCGGAGUCAUGUACGUUACCAUAAG